AUGCCCAGUGCCAACCGUGCUGAGAGGACGCAAGACUCUUCCACUGACAAAACAAACGUGACAGUCUAUCGCUGUAGAGGCCAUGUGAGCAGUGUGUGUGAUGACAAACAGAGUUAUGAAGGCUGUGAAAAGAUUUUUGAUACACAAAACAACACAUUUUCGGAUAAAGCGUUUCGUUUGGAGCCCAGUGAAACAAGCAUCAUCCUGUGCUGUCGGUACCCAGAAUAUGUUCUUGAAGGAAUUAUUGGCAUUGUCUGGCAUAAAGCCAAGGGAAUAGGAGGCUCAUGUGGUGCUGUGAAUUGUGAAGUUUCCUCAGAAAAUGUAACGGGUGGCAUCACUGAAACUUGCUGUGAAGCAGAGAUCAACUUUAACAAACCCAAAAGCCUCCUGAAAUGCUACCAUAAAAUGGCAGAGAAUCCUCAACCUGUAAUUGAUGAACAGAGCAGCAGCAGUGCCAUCCUCAUUCCAGUACUGCUGGUCAUAGUGUGUGGAGCAGCCCUGGGAGUGUAUUGUGUUCGACGGAGGAGGAAAGGUCGAGGUGGAGAAAAUGAACAACAAACAGACAUUAUCAGUGUUUGGGAAGGAGACUCCAUCAGCAUAAUUUGCUCAAGGGAAAAUUUGGAAGAGGUAUUGGGAACAUACUUGACAGCUAGCAAGGAGCAACUCACUGUGUUAUAUGUUUCCAGGGAGGGUACUUCAUACAUCCCCCCUGACUUGGCUCAUCGCCUCAAUUAUUCGGAGGAAGGAAAGAACCUCGGGAUAACUCUGCACAAUGCACAGCAAUCUGAUUCCAAUACCUACCAAUGCUCUACAUUUGUUACCAAGAAAGGCCAUCACAAAAAGUUGCAUGGGAAGGAGACCAUAGUAGUGGUGAAAGCUCAAACCAGUGGAGUUCUUCAACAGUCACCACUCUAUGUCAAUCCUGAGCCAGGCCAGUCAAUCAGUAUUACCUGUGCAUGGAACAGUUCAUAUGAAGAUGAAGAGUUCUACUUGCUCAAGACCCUCAUGCAACGUGAAAAAGUGCUACAUGUUUCAAGUCAGAAUGCUUCAACUAUUUCUCUUGCUUUUGCUAAUCGCUUGGAGUACUCAAAGGAAGAGAAGAAAAUAGUGAUAACUCUGCACGACCUACAGAAAAAUGACAGUGGCAUUUAUGUAUGUGCUGGGGUGGUGAAAAAUGUCUCUUUUCUCUCAGUGAGUGAAAGUGGCACCAUGAUGCUGAUUAAAGACGUGGAGCAGACAGACUGCAGUAAUAGUUCCUGGGUCAUCUAUGGUCUUACCAUCAUAGUAGCGCUAUUGUUUACUGCACUGAUGUGCUGCACCUUGUACGGUGUCAAUCAACUGAGAUAUUUAUUUGCCUUUGAUAACAUGCCUCAGAUGAAGAAGUGUUUCCGGAAAAGAAAACCACACACAGUAUCAAAUACAGUAUAUGAAGACAUGUCUUACUCCUCUAGACGUAACACCUUCAACAGAACCAACAAUUACUCCAUUGGCAAUUAA